CAAGCCUCAUGGGAACAUACUUGCAUCACAAAGAAAUUAAGGCUGCACAGGCUAUCAAGAUAACUGCAAAGGGUCUUGAACAUGCUAUUGCAGGUACUGGAUUAUAUGUUGUAGGACCUGGUGAUGAUUUGGAAACUGUGACCGAAGCAGCCAUGGAAGACAUGCAGUCAGUCAUGAGCCAGAUUGACAAAAGUGGUGAGGGUGUUUAUGUACAAGCAUCCACACUUGGUUCACUAGCGACACUUCUGGAGUUUUUGAAGAGCGAUGCAGUGAAGAUUCCGGUCAGUGGUAUAGGCAUAGGUCCUGUUCAUAAAAAAAAUGUCAUGAAGGCCAGCGUACUGCUUGAGAAGAAAAGGGAGUACGCUACUAUCUUGGCAUUUGAUGUGAAGGUGACACUGAGGGCUGAGGCUCAGGAACUUGCUGAUGAACUGGAUGUGAGAAUUUUCAUUGCUGAUAUCAUUUAUCACUUAUUUGAACAAUUCAAAGCAUAUUUUGAACAAUUCAAAGCAUAUAUUGACAGUAUCAAGGAGGAAAAGAAGAAGGAAGCUGCUGAUGAAGCGGUCUUUCCAUGUCUUCUUAAGAUAUUACCAAACUGCAUUUUCAACAAGAAGGAUCCAAUUCUGUUGGGAGUUGAUGUUCUUGCAGGAAUUGCUAAGGUUGGGACUCCAAUUUGUGUUCCACAACAAAAUUUUAUUGACAUUGGACGGAUUGCUUCUAUUGAGAAUAACCAUAAGCCAGUUGAUUAUGCUAGGAAAGGGCAAGCAGUGUCCAUUAAGAUAGUUGGUACAAAUCUCGAGGAGCAACAGAAAAUGUUUGGCAGGCAUUUUGGGGUUGAUGAUGAGCUUGUGAGCCGCAUCUCAAGAAGAUCAAUUGAUAGUCUUAAAGCUUAUUACAAGAAUGAUCUGAUUAAAGAGGAGCGGAUCUUGCUUGUGAGACUGAAGCAUCUUUUCAACAUACCGUGAAUUGCAUCGACAAAUUCGGUUCAUGUGCUUGAUAAAUUUUCUUGGUUUGGUGUUUUCUUCCUUUGAAUCUUGAAUUGAUUUUCACUUAUAGAGAACUACAAGGUGGUUGACUGCGCAUUGCUGUGGAUGUUUCAAUACUGACCUUUGACAUUGUCAUUUGUGGUUA